AUGGAGAACGACUUAUCUGGUGAUAGUUGGACGAUCGAUUCUGAAGACGAAAAUUGCUACUCUUCUGCUGCUUCAAUGGCCAGGGACCUGGGCGACGACACCUUUUUGUUUGGGAGUUCGCUUGACUCCGAUUCGGGACAACUCUUCUGUUCUGAUGCUUCGAUAAUCAGCUCCGAACAUACUUCAGCAGCCAGUUCUGAUAAUUCAGACAGCUUUCCACACGAUGCUUCGAUGGUCAGCCCCAAAAGUACUUCGAUGGUCAACUCUGAUAAUUCGGACAGCUUUCUACACGAUGCUUCGAUAGUAAGCUCCAAAUAUACUUCAAUGACCAACUUCGAAAAAUCGGGCAGCUUUCUAAACGAUGCUUCAAUAGACAGCUCCGAACGUACUUCGAUAACCAACUCUGAUAAUUCGGACAACUUUCUACGCGAUGCUUCGAUAAUCAGCUCCGAACAUUAUUCGGUGAGCAGUUCUGAUAAUUCGAAAGGCUGGAGUGGAAAAAACGAUUCCAUCUGCCCUACUUCGCUGAACUGUGAUCCGGAGAGUGCCCGGUUACUUGGUAUUCCGAUGAGCCGGGACCUGGACGAACUAGCUCCAGUGAACUCUAAACCACGACUAAAUCUCAAUUCUGCCAAUUCGAUGAGCAAUUCUAAUAUUUUGAUCAACUUAGACCAAAAUUGCGAUCCCCUUUUGAGCAAUGAUCCAGGAAGCCGUCCACUAUUUGGCAAUUUUGUGAGCGGGAAUCCGCAUGGCUCAAUUCAGCCUGGUAUUCCAAUCGAUUGUGAUCAAGAA